AUGGCAGGAAAUCCACAUAUCGAAAAUAUAGCUAAUACUAAUCAGUUAACUAUAAGACUUAAACCAACCAAUGAAGAGCUUAAUGCCGCUUUGAAUAAUUGUGCAACCGAUCACAAAGGACUAAUUGUUCCACAAGAAAGAAUAGAACCUUAUGAAUCACUUAACGAAACAAAGAGAGCGGAAUACUUAUCGCUUAAAAAUAUUAAUAAUGAACAAAAUAAACUAGUUGCAUCUGGCAAUGCAGAUACUGAAGAGAUUGAAAGUUACGAAAGAGUUAUUCAGUUUCAAUUCAAGCAUAUGCCAAACUUAAAAAACUGUCUAAAGAAGGUCAAAGCAAUACUCAAAGAAGAAUUUGAAAAAGGUGCGCUUGCAUAUUGGUCAAUUAGCCUUAAUACCCAUGCGCUAACACAUCCUGGAAACCUAUUCAUUGGCGGCAUACCAAAGAACAUGUCGUUGAACACACUCAUGGAAACGUUUGAUAAGUUUGGCACAAUUUCCUCUUUGAAGAUAUUAUUUGAUAACAAGAAUGUGGGAAUUGGAUUUUUAUCAUUCAUGCUGGGAUCUGAAGCAGCGGAAUGCAUACGAUGUAUGAAUGGUACAAAGAUUAGAAGUGACAAUGGCGAUGAAGGAACACUGUUUAUCAAUUAUCACAUAGAAAGAAAGGAGCGUGAACGUCUGUUCUUGUCACACGAGUCAUCUGACUCAUCUGCGUCUUCUCUAUCUGUGCGUAAUAUGAGAGUAAACACUCAUCAUAGAGGCAAACAUAACUCACCUGAGUUAAAUAGCUGGUCGACAAAUAAUUCAAGCGACGAUCUAACUAUUAAUAAUUGUGUAUUCAUUGGCAAUCUUCCUACAGACAUACAAAAUGAAGGUGAGUUCAUAGACGAUUUGACAGAGGCAUUUCCUUCAGUUACUGUCAUAUCUUAUUAUUUUCCUUAUGACCAUUCAUUGAACCAGUAUAAAGGAUAUGGCUUUAUUAAGCUCCAAAAUAACGACCAAGCAAGAAGGAUAAUUCACGAAAUAAGUACGGACUGCUUUGAGUUUUGUGGUAAUCAUAUCAUUGCAAAUAAAGCAUCAAAUAAAGAUAACAAAACAACAUCCCAUUUUACCUUGUACACUAAGACAACUGAAACAAAUCCAAAAACAAGAAAUAAUUAUCUCGAACAAACAUCUCCAUAUGCUGGUGGAAUCAACACCUUUCCGCCUUCAAUGAAUAAUUAUACCUUUGGCUAUGAUCUUUACCCUCCUAUAAAAAGAGGUUCGCACAAUCUUCCUUAUAUAUAUGGAUUACCUGUUCCACUAGAAGGGCAGCAAGAAUCGAACAUUUAUGUCAAACACGUACCGCUUGAUUGGUCCGACAAAGACUUAUUUAAUUUUUACCGACCUUUUGGAAACAUAAUUAGCUGCAAAAUUAUAACUGUUGGUGGCAGUUCAAGAGAGGAGAAGAGUACCAACAGCAGUGACGAAGACUUACCUUUUGGAAUAUCCAGGGGAUAUGGCUUUGUUUAUUUUGCUAAUCCAUUAGAUGCUGCCUAUGCUAUUUUAUCAACCGAUGGGUAUUAUCUCGAGGGAGCAAUUCAAAAACUAUCAGUCUCGUACGCACAAAAGAAGAAAAAGGAUGGCCAAAGCCUACUUGAUGAGUCGUUAUCAAAUGAAUCAUCAGAUCAAAUAGAUAAUUCAGAAAAAACUAAUGAAAAAGAGAAGAGAAACCAUAGCUCAGCCAAAUUCGGUCAGCAGCAAUACAACAAAAAAUUUAUGAACGCAUUAAUGAGCAAUUUCUACCAUAGAAAUUAUGUCGGGAAGCCAUCAUAUAAUCUAGUUCCUUCACAGGCCAUGGGAUCUCCAGGUAUGAGCUCAGGAAUGAUUAGUUCUUCCAGGGGAAAUAUGGGACUUAUGACACCGCAAUUAAUACCGGCUGCACCAAUAGAUAUGUACUCCACUAACUCCCAACCUAGGAUACUACCAAACGCCAACUGGUUUGCGUAUCCAAUUUACCCUCAAUGCCCUGUACCACUACCAAUGGACAACCUAGUUUAA